AUGGAGAAUCAGAGGAUCACUGUCAGGUCCUCCGUGUCUCUGGGUUCUGCAGCUACGAAUCCAAUAGGCCAGGGAUUGGAAAUAGUCAAGGGAAAAACUAAGGAGAGAAUACUGAGGAAAGGAACGCAUCAGAUUUUGGUCAAUGACAAACCUGUGACCAUUUUCCUGGAAGAGACUCCAGGAAAGGAAAGCACGGGGCCCAGAGUGCCUCUGUCGGCACAGUCACCCGCAGAGGCUCCAGCUGGCGAGAAGCACCCCAAUGAAGAUCCUGUGCCCAACGCCAUAGACGCCUGUGUCCCAAAGAUCUUUCUUGAAGUGACAGCCGACCUGAACUGUAACCUGUUCUCCAAAGAGCAGAGAGCACACAUCACCACGCUCUGCCCCGAGGUGAAAGUCAUGGAGGGUCGGAACGGAAUUGAGAAGGUGUGUGGUGACUUCCGAACGAUGGAAACAAUACAUGAGUUCCUGAGUGAGCAGCUCCUGCAGAGCGAGCCAUCUCCUCUGACAGCAGAGAGGAAGCCACUUGAUAAGCAGCACCGGGACAGCCGGGAUAGCUGGGACAGCCGGGAUAGCCGGGAUAGCCGGGACAGCCGCGUGGCUCCUUCCGAACCUAACAAGGGGUCCGAAGGAGAGAGCAGCCUCGCUGAAGGCCCCUUGUCUUUGCCUGAAGCAAGUCUAGCCCCUUACAUCACAUCUACAAAGAGGAAGCCACUUGCUCAGCAGGACCGGGGCAGCCGCAUGGCUCCUUCCAAAGCAAACACUGGGUCGGAAGAAAGAAGCAACUGUUUUGAAGUCCCUGAGCCUUUGUUUGAAUAUUUCAAAUACGUCUGUCCUCAUAAAACAGACUCCAUAAAGCGAAGAUUUGGUGUCGAUCUCAGAUUUCAUACGAGUUCCCCCGGGGUGGUCUAUUUAGACUUCGUUUCAAGUCCAUCAGGCGACCUAGAAGGAGGUCGUGAGUCUUUUGUAAGUGAAUUCCAGAAGGUCACAGAAUCUCUGAAGCAAGAUUGUGUCUCUUUAGCCGACAGUGCACAGGCAAAUAAAAUGAAACAGGAAUUGAAUCAUCAUUUCACAAAACUCCUUGUAAAGGAGAACGGAAGAAAAUUAACUCUCCUCGGGACCCAAGAUGACAUUUCAGCUGCCAAACAGAAAAUCUCUGAGAGCCUUGUCAAGGCACCUGUGAAAAUCCUGGCUCCCAGUCGCAUGGUAGAUGGGAUUGAGGUUGACACUGCUUGCUAUAAGCUUUUAGAGACUCAAUUACUCCAGGACAUCGCAGAGAUAGAGAAAAAGUACAACGCUGACUGUAAGAGUUUGCGGAGAAGUCAGAACACCUGCAUUCUCUUUGAGCCCAAGGAGAGGGAGCUAGAUCUAUCUGAGCAUGCGUAUGCCAGUUUCAUCGAUGCCUUCCAGCACGCCUCGUGUCAGCUGACAAAAGAAGUUCUGUCACUGAAACAUCUGGGCAAGGAGAGAAAGCACUUCCGGAGCACUAAGUUUACCGAUGACUUUGAGAGAAAUCAUCCAGAGCUACACUUGGCGUUCACUUCAAAGUCAAUGACUUUGACUGGUUUGCCAGUUCACCUUGCAAAGGCAAAGCAGUAUGUCCUGCAGAAAAGUGGGCUGUCUCCAUCGGCUGGAGAGAAAUCGAAUGAGGAUCAUGAAGCACCCAUGGAAAUCGAUAGUAAUGGCUCAGAACCAGCGUCACCUCUAUCAAAGGACUCUGUGGGUCCUGGGGCCUCGGGACUGGACGAGAAGGAAAAGGAGAUCUGUAUCAUCUGCAUGGAUGCCAUUACAGACAAACGCGUGCUGCCCCAGUGCAAGCAUGAGUUCUGCAGUCCGUGUAUCAGCAAAGCCCUGUCCUAUAGACCGGCCUGUCCUGUGUGUCAGGUCUCCUAUGGUAUGCAGAAAGGGAAUCAGCCAGAAGGAACCAUGGUCCACAGUGUAUCAAGAUACUCACUUCCAGGUUAUACUUCCUGUGGCUCCAUUGUGAUCACCUACACAAUGAAAGGAGGCAUACAGACAAAAGAGCACCCAAACCCAGGAAGGAGUUAUCCUGGAACACAGCGAACCGCGUACCUGCCUGAUAAUAGGGAGGGAAGAGAGGUGCUGGAGCUGCUCCGGAUGGCCUUUGAUCAGAAGCUGAUUUUCACAGUGGGGGAAUCGCGAGCCUUGGGCACCCCAGAUGUCAUUACAUGGAACGACAUCCACCACAAAACAUCCCGUCAUGGAGGACCAGAAAACUAUGGCUACCCUGAUCCUGAUUAUUUGAAACGUGUCAAAGAGGAGCUGAAGGCAAAAGGAAUCACGAAACCCGCGGGAAGGAGAUCUUAG